AUGACCUACUCUACCCUAUGUUGCCUUUACUCUUACAACAAGGAAACAAAUGGUUUAACCAACAAUAAACACCCUUCUACACCGACCCGUUUUGUUCUUUCUCCUUCUGAUUCUCUUUCUUCCUCUCUUUAUUUAUUAUUCCCCUCCCACUUCCUCCAUUUAUUUCUCUUUCUGUUUCUUUCUUCACUUUUUUUUCCUAACGUGCCUCUUCUCAUUCCUCUAAGUUGUUAUCUCUUCUUUAAAUCUUCUGAAAGAUUGAUAAGCGAGAGAACAAAAAAAAAAUACUUUUUUGUUCUCUCGUCUAUUUUUUUCCUUCUCUUCCCCUCGCUUUAUUCUGUUUUCUCUUUUCUUUUCAUUUACUUCUUCUUUCUCUUUUCUUCUCAUUACAUAUCUUUUGUCGACUCCUCUUUCUUACGCUCACUACUUUUCUUCCUCUCUUUUUUUUUUUUUUUUUUUCUUUCUUUUUCUCAUUUGUUUUCUAUUCUCUCCCUCACUUUCCCUACAUUUCUCCUCUCUUCCUCUAACCAACCCUUCUCUUUUUCGUAA